GCGAACUCCGCCAGCAAGACCGAGCGGAAGGCGGCGGGGGCAAGGGGGGCCCUCGGCGACGCCACCGCAACGGUGGAAGCAGAGGCGGCCCUGCAGAAGGCGCACGCCAAGCUGGAGCAGGCGGAGCAGCGCAAGCAGGAGGAACUGCAGCAGGUGUCGGAGGGCGACCUGGAAGCCAUGCGCGGGCUCCUCCUCCAGCUGCGGAGGCUGCCGACGGCCCGCCCGGCGGGCAACUUCGCCAGGGCAUGGGAGCUCACGAUGGAGCAGCUGCAGGCGGUGGAUGAGAUGUUCGCCCCGCAGGAGCCCGCAGCCCCGAAACGGCCUCGGGCGCGAUGGGGGGGCUGCUGCCCCGUCGACGGAGGGGCCGUCGCCUCCGACUCGGACGCCGACCUGGAGCUGGACAGCCAGCCUGCCGCGGAGCGCGGUCAGGCGGGGCGCCGCCCUGCCGCAGCUGGCCCUCGGCCACGGGUCGCGCCAAGCGCUGUCCAGGAACUGGCGGCGGCGGCGGCCGACGCGGGCCCGCUGGCGACGCUGGCCAGCAGUGGCGCCGAA